AUGAGGGCGGGUGAACAUCUCCAAGUGGUUUUGGGGUGGAAUCUCCUGCUCCUAGCUGUAUGCCAACUAGAUCUUGACUCUCCACAAUGGCGAGACUGUCCCCAGCUCUUGCCGAAAGUUUUGAUAGGCUAUGUUCCACGAGGCAAUGAAUCAGCUGGAGUCUAUAAGAAGAACUCUGACGCUGUGACAACACCCAGCUGUGUGGCUCUGUGCUGUGAAAAACCAUCAUGCAAUGUCGUCUUUAUGUUCAAAGAAACUUGUUUUCUGAUUGAGUGUGAGAGUGAUUCGUUAUGUGAACCAGUGCUAAGGGAAGAGCCCCAGUUUGGCAACAAUGUCCGCAUGGUGCUAGUUAGACCUGUCAAUGCCGGGGGGCGCUGGGGCGAUAUUUCGGAUAUGCCACCGCCUGUCGACUACUCUAGGGACAAACUGUGGUUCAGCAACAACCUACAAGACUUGGACAUGGCGGAGAGUAGCUUGGACAAAGUGUGCAUGAUGGACUGUCCGGAUCACGAGCACUGCAGUGUGGCCACCGGCACUUGUGUGUGCGAUGACGGCUACUUACGCAACAGACAGGGAGAUUGCAUAUCUGCAGGUAACAUGACUGCUGUAUCUGCCUUGCUAUUGUCACCCUCCCGUGAAUCAACAGAGUCUCCAUCAUCUACAAAGGUGUCUGAAGGCCUGGACUCCACGUCCAAGCUUCCAGUGCAGACCCUCCAUGUUUCUGUUGUUUCCAAGAUGGUGAGGCUGCCUGAGAAUGGGGCAGCAUUGUCAGCGUAUACCAUUCCUGCCGAGCUGCCUGGUGGAGAAAAAUACAACUAUGAAUGGACUCUCAUAUCCCAGCCUGAAGGCAGCAGCAAAGGCACCAUGACAGACAAAAAUGGAGAAACAUUAAAGCUGAGCAAUUUGAGCGAAGGAGUUUACAAGUUUAAAGUAGCUGUGUCAGGACCAGGGGUGUACGGUGAAGCUCUGGCCAACGUCACUGUCAUGGCUCCCAAGCGGAUCAACCGGCCACCAGUGGCUAUAGUGAAGCCAGCUUCCAAGACGGUGAAGCUGCCCAACACUGGGGCCGUCUUGGAUGGGUCAUCGAGCUAUGACGAUGAUGGUAUUAUCGCCUGGCAUUGGGAGUUGCAGAAAGGGCCUCUAGGUUACCAGCCUUACCUACAAGACUCUCCGACCUUGGUACUGAACAACCUGAACAUUACAGGCAAUUACACAUUCACAUUGACUGUUGAGGACUCAGACCACGAAAAGAACUCAACAGUAGCUAACAUCACAGUGCUGCAAAUGCCAGAUUAUCCUCCAGUUGCCAAUGCUGGGCAGGAUGUGAUCCUGUAUCUGCCACACAACAAUGUCACACUCAACGGCAGCCUCAGUUCUGAUGACAAGGUCAUUGUAAACUGGGAGUGGACAAAGAGUCCAUCUGACCAGGACAAAGCUGUUGAUAUGCAGAAAACUCGUACACCAUAUCUUGAGUUGUCUAAUCUGGAAGAAGGGAUGUAUACUUUUAUACUAAAGGUUACUGAUGAAGCGGACCAAUUCGACACGUCAACAGUCCACGUGUUUGUUAAGCCUCCAACAAACAAACCACCUACAGCGAAUGCUGGCAAGAACAUGACUGUGUCUCUCCCCCAGACAACUGUAUUGCUAGAUGGGAGCAAAAGUUCGGAUGACAUCAAAAUAGUAUCUUGGAAUUGGGAAAUGGUGAGUGGGCCAGGAAAAGUGGAAUUCUCAGCCAAGAACGAGAGUGUGACGAAUGUUACUAGUCUUACCAAGGGGCAGUACAUUUUCAAACUUACGGUAACCGAUGGAAACGGCAACAUUGCAGCUAACACUGUGUCUGUCACUGUCACUCAGAACAGUAAUUCACCACCCAAAGCAAAUGCUGGUGGGGACCACACGGUAGAGCUUCCUGUAGAUGUGCUGGUGCUGAAUGGGACACAGUCCAGAGACGAUCUGGCUAUAGCCAAGUGGCUGUGGACCAGAGAACCGACCAGUCUGGCUAUUGGUUCCAUCAUAGCCGGCACUGACACCUCUCCUGUACUGAUGUUGACAAACGUAGUGGCAGGCCGCUAUCUCUUCAGGCUAAAAGUGACAGACGAUCAGGGGGAGUGGGAUGAGGAUACUGUUUCAGUCAUCGUCAAACCUGACCCUCACCUUUACCACCUGGUGGAGCUGACGCUGAACAUAGAGGCAGACAAGUUGACCAAGUCACGCAGCGAUAGCGUGGUGAUGAAGCUGGGCCUGCUGCUGCGUGAUGCGGCUAGCCUGGUGGUGCGGGCUUUACGUACAGAGGCGGCGACUGGUCGUGCGGUGCUGGUAUUCUAUGUUGAGACAGCACGUGGUGCACUGCCUGGCCCCGCUGUUGUGCGCACUCUCAAGCACAAGCUCGCACAGGACUCGGUUCUGCUGCAGCUCAGUGUUGCCAACAUACAGACCACCUUGUGCCAGAAUAACUGUUCUGGUCAUGGCGUGUGUGAUCAGGCGACCCGACAGUGCAUGUGUGAAGCCUUCUGGAUGCAAGAUCUCUUCCGCAAACAUUUUGGUGAUGGAGAUUCAAACUGUGAUUGGAGUAUCCUGUACGUAGUUAUCGCUCUGUUCACGGGAUUUGUCUGCAUCGUGGGCUGCGUGUGGGGGGCAGUCUGCGUAUGCUCCAGGUUGUGUCUUUGCUGCCAUCGUCCUUCCAAGCGCCAGCGAUAUGCCUUACUAGAUAAUAAUGAAGACUCCCGAUUACCACUGGGUAAAGUAAUGCUCUCAGAGAGUGAAUCAGACUCUGACAUCUUGUUUGAGAGCCGUAAGCCUUCAAAGCUGCUCAACGGAGACGCUCGGAAUGGAGUCAAGUCCAGCAGGACGGGAUCUGGCUUCAAGAUGGAGCGGCGGAUUAAGACCUGAUCCGCAGAGUCACCCUUGUGGUUCAUGCACUUAGCCAUAUCAUGGGGAUACAACUGUGUGAUCGUUAUUUUAGUAUUAGACUUAAUUUUAAUUUGUGAAAAAUAUUGCCUAUUUUUAUUCUUACAAAUUAAAUCAUAUUGUUACCAAUUGAGUUUUGGUAUAAUAUUUAUCAGUUUUUAGAGUAUUGUACUUAAUUAUUAAAUUAUACUUUUACAGAAGAUAAUUGUGCAUAUACUAAAAUGUUUAUUAAAACAUAUUUUAAUAACUAAUUUAAUUUCUCUGAAUGUUAAAGAUUUUGUAGAGACUGUUUGACAGUAUAUCCUUUUGUAUUAGAGCUUAAUAUUUAUUAAUUUGUCUUAAGGAUUUUUUUGAAUUUGUUAAAAUUAUUCCGCAUACCUGUCAAAUUAUUAAAAAAAAGUGUAUGUAGUUUAUUUUAUAAUGUUUGAUACACAUUUUAACAA